GCCCUCGGCCGUUGUGAGGCGCCUCCGCGGGGCUCUGGGCCGGCCGUGGCUGCGCAGGCACCGGGGCUGCGUCCUGGCCGAGCCGCGGUGCUGGCACCGGGCUCUGGGGAGGGAGCGGAGGGGCGGCUCUCCCCGCUGCCCCCGCCCCGGGGCACCGGCGGGUGAGGGGAGCGCGUCCCGCCCCGGAGCCGCCGCGCUCCUGCCGCCUCCGCUCCUCCGGCACGGGUCUGGCUUUCCUUCCCUCCCCUCCAGCCGCACAAGAGGCUUUCCCCCCCGGAGCUUCGUGGAGUUUGCUUUGGGAAAGGCGGGAACGAGGCACGGCCCGAUCAGAGGCUAAAAAUGGCACUUGGACACUGUGAAACCAGUGAGGUUCUGAGAAUUACUGCUGAGCAGGAACAUGCCCUUGGUGGUGAUGGCAAAUCAGGAUCCAGGAUGAUGGACCAAAGCUUGUCAGCUCUAAUCACAGGGUAUGGAAAGCAGGUGGAGGAAAUGAGAGAACAGCUGCAGCUUUAUCAGGCACAAAUGGGUGAGAUGAAGCUAAAACUGGAAGAAGUCACCAAGGAAAAUGAAAGGCUGCAUGCAGAGUUGAAAGAGGCUCUUGAGAAGCAACUGGAGGCUCUUCCUUUUGUGCAUCUGGAAACUGAUAUUCCUGCAGAUGAAGGCACAGUGAGAACCCUUCAAGAAGAACUACAGCUGGCAAAGCAAGAAAAAGAUCAAGCAGUUGAGCGCUGGCAGACGUUGUCACAGGAGCACGACCGACUUCAGCAGCAGUACCAGGAGCGCCUGACUAAAACACACAUUCUCAUAGCUGAAAGGAAAAAGCAGAAUGAUCAACUGACUAGCAUUCAGCAGCUGACUCGCCAACUGCACAUGACCAAUCAGCAGUUUCUGAAAACUGUGACAGAACAAGAUGUGGAACUAGAGCAGCUACGAAAACAACUGAGGCAAGCCAAAAUAGAUGGGCAGGCAGCAAAUGCUAAGCUUGAAGAAAUGAUGGCAUUGAAAGAGAAACUUCAGAGCCAAUUGGAGAGAAAGGAAGAAGAUAGGAUGUCUGCCCAGGAGAGAGAAACAGCAUCUGACAAACGCUUGCAGCAAAUGCAGUCUAAUAUAAAACAGUUAGAAAUAAGAUUGUGUGUGACUGUUCAAGAUGCUGAACAGCUGAGAACAGAAAAAGUAGCCCUGGAGGAACAGAUCAGAGAGCUUCAGGCCAAGUCUGCCAGUCUAGAAAGUGAGACAUAUGAUGCUGUUGCAAAAGUCCAAGAUUGCAUACAGCUCUUGGAAGAAGCUAACCUGCAAAAAAGUCAGGCACUCUUUGGGGAGAAACAAAAGGAAGAAGAGAUCAAAAAACUGCAGGAUGAAAUGUCUCAACUUGCAGAAAAUACAGCUGCAAGAAUUAGAAAGGAAGUAGACACUGCAAAGAAGCAAUGUAACAUGCAGGUUUCUCGGCUGACAGAAGAAGUUUCAGCUCUUCAGAUGGAAUGUGGAGAAAAACAAAGUCAAAUUGAACGAGCCAUUAGAGAAAAGAGAGCAGUGGAAGAAGAACUUGAAAAGAUUUACAGGGAGCACAGAGAACAUGAAUCUGACAGUAGAAAACUCGAGCAGCUGCAUCAGAAGAAUUUGCUUGCAGAAGCUGCCAAGGAUGACCUUCAGCGGAGUCUACAGAUGACAGAAAAGAAACUGAAACAACUGGAAAUGAACUCUGAGGAAGAGAAAUCUCGUUGGCAGGAAGUUAUCUGUAAAUUGCAAAGCACUCUGGAUUCAGAAAGAGAAAAGAGUUCCUUUGUCAGUGAACAAAGACUAAAACUUCAGCAGGAGAAUGAACAAUUGCAAAAUGAAAUGGAGGGUUUGAGAAAACUGGCGGUAGAGGCCCAACAAAGAGCUAAAAUAAAGAUAAGCACAAUGGAGCAUGAGCUUGCAGUGAAAGAACGUGGGUAUGAAGCUCGACUCAGGGAGAUGGAGGACACCAGUCACAAGUCCACUACUGAGCUCAGACGUCUCUUGGUAGCUCAGCAAAAAGCAACAAACAGGUGGAAAGAAGAAACAAAAAACCUCACUGAAACUACAGAAGCCAGGAUCAGUAAGCUGAAAAGUGAGCUGCGUCAACAAAAACUCCGUAGCCAGGAGCUCAUUUCCCAGCUGGAAAUAGCAAAUGAGAAGGUAACUGAGGAUGAGACGUUGAUGAUGGAGUAUCGGGAAUACAUCGACAGGCUUCAGAGGCGGCUGAGCCAGGCAGAACAAAGAGCAGCCACAGCAUCCCAACAGGUACCCAGCUCACAAAAAGUGUUAUCCAAGCACAUGGAAUAUGCAGAAGUACUCACUUUAUGUCAUUCCUGAGGCAGAGGUGAUCACUGAUGAGCAGUAUUACCAACAGAAUUUUAACAAGCUUGGAUUUUGGACAUGUCACCCUCUGACAGGAUGUUUAUUUGACAUCUUAGGUUUGUGUGUAGAAACCAGUUUGAUAUGAACUAAACCUGCAUGGUUGAGAAUGUGUGAAUGAAGGUGUACAGGCCUUUCCAGCUUUAGAAAUGGCAAGUUAGCAAAGAUUAAAAAAACCCUUAAAUAACUGUAGCUCCUGUUUGCUGGUCUGGAGUGCACCCACUGCAGUUACCAUUGGCUGUGUGUUACAGCUGCAGCUCCUGCAGUGGUAAAAAUUGUGCAGACAGAGUAGGAAAUGCUUGUUUCUUUCCAGGCCGUUGGAGAGACAAAGGAGAGAGAGUGUAUCCCUCUCAGUAUUCAGUUUUUCCAUAGUGUUUAAGCUGUACAACUCGAAGCAAAUCCCAUGGGGGUUUAUACACUGAGUUCAUUUUUUUUUUGCCAAGGAAGUUCAUUACUCAAAUUGGCCUCCUAUUAAAUAAAGAUGGUCUUUCUGCCUCCUGCUUUUUUUACAGAUUUAGGAAAACCAUUUGCAAAUUACAGCUUGUUAAUGCAGGUGACCCAUGUGAGCUGCAGAUAGAUGAUAUUUGGCUGACCUAAAUUGCUCAGUUAGGACAAAUGGCAUUUUUUUUCCCAACAGCAGUGAAUAAAUGGGCAUAGCUGCCAAGCUGUCAUAACAUAAGCUGUGGUUCCUGGCUCUAAAUGCUCUCUGUCAUGACAAGGUCUAUUCAGCUGCUGAAGAUUUGCUUUGAAAGACGAAUUAAUUUUUUUUAGCCUCCUGUUUAUUAUGUGGAUCUGUUUAGCUCUAAUGCUUCUAAGAUGCUGUCUUCCCAUAAAAACCCAAACAUCCUUAUGUCACAUUUCAAGCAAUAAACUCAUGGCCUUGGUGCCCAUAGAGGAAGAGGUCUUGCUGUUCCUGAAAACAUUGGUAAUUAGCUGUUCCUCGCCAGGCUUUCUCUGGAAGAUAACAAAGAGAUUUGACGUUGUGCAGCCCAAGUGCUGUUGCCAGACUUCAGAACUGCCUUGCCCUUGUGGCAGAGGUUACUGCAGAGGCCUGGCUUCUCCGUAGUGACUUCGGAACUGCUGUGCCAAGCCCCUUCCUUUUUCUCUCCACCCCAAAAAAACAAAUACUGGCACUGUCCCUGCUAAAGGUCUCCCAUAGUACUGCAAGAAUGUCCUCUCUUCUGAGUCUGGGUCUUUAUUCUCUCCUAGGCCGCAGAAGGCUGAAUGUUCCCAUGUGAAUUCCAUCAGACUCAGUGAUGAUUCUCUCUAUUCCUAACCUAUAGGCUGAGGGCUGCUUUCUGGCCUGUGUGUUCUCACUGCAUUAUCUGCCUUCACUGUAAAAUUGUAUCAAAUAUAGACUAGAGCUGGACUAGUAGGGAGCCUAUAAAUUACACUUCUGUUGUGGUCAGUUCAAUGACUGUAAAUCUUAGCUUAUUCUGAAAUAAUAGUGAUCAGUAAGAAGCAUAAAAAAUACAAGAUAAUGUUUGCACAAGUUUAAAACAUCUAUCCUGUAGGUGUCUUUUAGUGUAUUCCUGCUAUGUAUCAUCUUGUAUUCUCUGGGAUCUGAAUUAAGACAAAAGCAGUAGUCAUCUACAGAGUACAUUGUACAUCCUGCUGUUCAUCCCAAAGUCACACUGCCUGUGCUUGUUCCCUCUCCUUCAUGACACUUUCAGUAUGGAAGUUCUACUGUUACUUUGAUCCUACAAAGAAUUAUUACAAAGCUAUCAUCUGCUU